AUGCGGGCAUCUCGAACAAAACACAACACACUUGCUUGCCUUUAUUAUCUCUUUAAGUCGUGGCCAGACCAUGACGGACCUGGUGGAAGGGGACACGUUAAAUGUAGAGUUUUGCUGAGGGUAGGCAGGAGUGAUGAUGGGCAUCACGUGGUCUCGAUCCGCCUCGUUUACCUGGGAUUUGCCGAAUCAGAAGUCUCUUACAAUACGUCGGUAUCGAUGCCAUCGAAAUCAAUUUUCAUUACAGGUACAUAUGCGGCUUCCACUGCACUCAAGUCUUUAUCACACGGUAGUUCAAGCACGAGCAAGCGUCCGGCGUCAUAG